GAAAUCAUAUUUCUGCUUUAUUUUACUUUCAGCGUGUCACUUUACCUAUCCUUCGAACAUUCCCCCAGCCUCCAACAGCUAGCUUCACCACUUCUUCCAUCGUAAAUUCCAUCCAGAGACGAGCGUUCGAAUCCUCAGCGACGCCGCCACUGGCCGCGAAAAACAACACGAGCAUCGCUGACGACGCAUGCGCAGACAAGACAGAAUAACGAUUUAACUGGAACUGGAUUCUUGCGAGUUUGGAAUAAGAGCUGAGGUUAGAGUUCAUCAGGCGGUAGUGAUAGGAAGAGGAGGUGAAGAGAGGAAGGAAGAGGGAAGGAAGAAGAAGUAGAAAGACGUGAAGCUAAAGCAAGCAGUCAAGUACUAAAGUGAUUCUCUCUCAUCGUAUUGAGUUAUAAAAUUUUUUCUUCGACAGCUUAAUGAAAUUUCUGGAUUCUGUACACUGUAUAAGAAAACAACAAAUGAAGUGCUGAAAGAUUGCAGGUGAGUAAUUUUUAUACCAACUGAAGCGAAAAGGUUACAUAAUCCAAUAUUGUAUGAAAUAACUUGACUGCCCCAGAUUACAUUGAGGAAUUACCAGCACCAUUGUAAGGUGCUGUCGACAAGUGCAUUUACUAAUGUCAAAUUGAUGGUCUCCAAGUGUCAGUAAAAAGCAAGUACUGACCUUGGGGGACACUAAACCUCCUACAAAACUUGCUAAUUUGUGCCAAGUAAACAUACUCCCAUCAUUUCAGUAUGGCUGAUGGAGAAACAUAUAAACCACAAUGGAAUUUGGUAGAGUUCACAUUACUCUCAAUUUUUCCUAUUCAUCUUUCAUUCCUUCACAUACAUAAAGAUUUGUCAGUGAUAAUUCAUUUCAUAUUUUUAUCAGUGCUUUGUAUUCCCCCCUUGUUUCUACAGCUGAAAUUAGGGGGACACUUACAAAAAGGAAUUGUGGGAAUGCUCUCAACCUAUUUUCCUAUAUGGAAAGGUGUAGGCAUUGCAGCAUUAGUGCAUUUAAUGUUAAUUUGUAUAUACCAAGGUCCUGUCGUAGCAGAGGUGGCAAGUUAUAUGUUCAUAUCUGUAGCUCAGCAGCCAUAUUUAUGGGGAACUUGUGACAAUUCAUGGAAUACAAAUUACUGUUCUCCAGGUGUUGUAAGUUCUAUAACUGGUUUGCCAGAAAUGACAAAGAGAUCAGCAUAUGAAUUCUAUACGUUUGAAUUCUGGCAGAUUACUGAUGGUAUUGAUCAUGUUCAUGGAUUCCCGCAUUGGAGAUUCACAGAAACAGUCAGUCGGAUGACUGUACCUAUGUUGCCUAUUGCAUCUGCAUCAGUUUGGCUCCUGGUACUAUUGAUGGUAGCACUUGGCGGACGUGUCUUUGGUUGGAUUUUAGCUGUUGUUACUCCUAUUGCAAUCUCCUGUACACUGGUUGUAUUAGGUUAUGGACUUGCACGCUUAGAUCAAGAACCUACAAAAGACAUGCUGAAACUUAUUUUUACAAUACCAGAUUUUAAACUAAGUCAUUUUACAUCUGAAGAUAUCUUUACAAAAUGCAUGAGUUCUUUCGUACACAUUCAAAUGGCCUUACCAUUAUGGUUUGGAAUUGCUCCAACAAUGGGUAAAAUGACAGGCUUUGGAAAAAUUCAUAAAAAUGUAACAUGGUUAUUAAUGAUACUGAUGUAUGGUGUCUUCUGGAUGCUGCCUACAUUAACUAUGGCACCCUAUCUUGGCAAUCUAAUACAAAAAUCUCAAGCAAUACUUAGUGAUGUUCCUCUUAGUGGUUAUCCUCUCAUUUUUGAUACCAUGGCUACAGCCUUCAGCUAUUUGCGCAUCCCACCUGCAUAUGCCUUGUUAUUCUACCUCUCCAUCUUCUUAUAUCAUGUUUUAUUUCUGUGUGUAGCUAUUCUGACUUUGGUGGACAACAUUAUGGAAUCACUGAUACCAUGCUUGGAGAGAAAUUCCAUCAAUAAGACAUUCAUCAAUGUUGUUGUCACUUUUCUUGUUGUUGGUGUUAUCAAUGCUUUGGGAGUUCCACACACCACAAAUGCUGGACCCUACUUCAAUACCCUAAUGACUGUGUCAUUGGAGCGGCUGGUAUUCUUGGUGGUAGUCCUCACUUUUAUUGGACUUAUUGUGGUCUAUGCAAAGCAGAACUUUUCAUUAGCUGAACGCAUCAUGAUGGGUGUUUGGUUUGCCCUGUCCUGUUUGGCAACUGCUGGUAUUUGGGUUUAUAAAUUUGUUCAUGGCCAAGACGAACUGAAUUACAAAGGCAGUGUAUACUCUGAAACUUGGGAAACUAUUUCAUGGAUUGUAUCUGGUGUACCAUUUGUGUUCGUACUUGUUGGAGCCAUUCAUGCUAUUAUGGUAGGACGUGGUCCCUGUUGUCAGCGUUUCCUUGGGACAUUCCAAGAGUCUUCAAGACAAUCCCGCUUAGACAAUGGAAGGACGUACCAUCGCGCUGAGCCUAGCGCCCCUCCGUAUGUCUACAUGGACGGAGAUGCAUUUCCCUUGGACCAUUUACCAUACAAGUCAGAUCCAGACCUGAACCCAUUGUGAAGGAGAGCUUAUAUUUAAAUUCCAGUUUUUUUUUUUUUACAUCUGGAUGUUGACUAUUUUCACUUUCUUCUUCACAAAUUGCUGCUAUUUAACAUGACAACAACACCAGCAAUGAUAGUAAUAAUUAUCAUUAUUAUUAUUAUAAUAUAUUACUAUUAUUAUCAUCAUCAUCAUCAUCAUUUCUCCCCUAUUUCUUGUUGAUGUUGUUGCCAUGAAAAAUCUACACUGGAGUCUACACCAGUAAUCAAAAAAAAAAAAAAAUGAAAAGAAAAGGAAACCCCCAAUAUGUUCCUAUAUUCAACUCACUUCAUUGAUACUGAAUAUGUUUUCAACUUGCAAAUACUCGUAUUUUUCCACCACUUGGCUCUGUAUUCAUGAAAGAAUUCAUUGGAUCACGUUUAUAUGAUCCUGGUUCAAAGAUGACUUAACAGGGAUUUUUUUUUUAAUUCUAAAUGUUUUGUUCUUUUUUUUGUUUUUUUUCUUUUCUUUUUUUUUAUCAGUUCUGUUGUUCUGUUUCUGGGACCUGUUAGCUGGAUAAGGCCUGUAGGACCACUUUUGGCAGUCUCUGAAAACUAUGGCAUUUACAUUUACAUAGUGUUAUAUUCAGUCUAGCUCCUCUUAUUCCAGAUAACAACACAAUUACCACUUCUGUAUUAUUUCUUGCUUUCCAAAACUGUCCUAGUCUAUCCCUACAUUACUAUGCACAAAAUAUAUGUUAUUUUGUAAGCCUCAUUUCAAAAGGAAAAAAAAAGAAUAGCUAGGACAGAAUCAGUUUAGACAUUCAUUGAAGUAUUGUCUUCCAGUAUCUUUGAUAAAGCCUGUCCCACCUUUCACCAACAUUACCACUUACCCACCCAUCUACUUCAGUAUAAUAGGAAAACAUCAUCUGACUUACUGAUAAUACUUGAUCUUUUUUUUUAGUUUAUCCUGCUUUUCUUUUUAUCCUUUACACCUACAGUUACAUUUUAUAUUAAGUGUUAUUGUUUUAACUUCUUUUUUUUUUUUAUGUUUCAAAUGUUAUGAAUUACAAAAGAGACUUUCAUUUCUGUGAAUGUUUUUUUUUUAUCAUUUUUAUUUAUUUUUUUAGUAAUUAUUGAAGUCAACCAUUGACACUUUAUGUUCAUUUACUGCUGUUUGAAAUGUAUAACCACCCCUCCCUCCCUCUUCUCUCUCUCUCUCUUUAAAAAUCAACUAUUUUUUGCUUAAUUUUACACAUUUUUCUAUGGAAAUAAAUAUUUUACAGAGGCUGCCUGAAUAUGUAUGUAUUUAUGAGUACAUAUAUUACAUACAUUGAAACAUACAUUUAACACAUAUACAAGAAAAUAUUUUCUCAACAUUUCUGUAAAUAACUUGUAAGAAAAACUCCUUUCAGUAAACUAAAUCAGAAUUGUCUUUUUUUCCCCUUUUCUUUUAAUUUGUUUUAAGAAAUAUGACUUAUAACUAUUACAAAACAUCAUCUGUUCACAUACAACAUACAUACAUAUAUAUAUAUAUGCAAAAUUGCACUACUGCAUUUGUACAUUAGUAAUUCUAGAUUUUAUGUACUAUGUGGGGAAAAACCCACUCAGCUGCUAAAAUCAAUCUUCUUAACUAAAGGUUUGAAACUGCUAUAUUCUUGAGACUUGAAGCAUUGUAAGAUUGGCAGCAACUACUGAUAAACAAAAGAUUGUAGUGAUGGUCUCCUGUUAAAACUAUAAAAUCCUACCCAAUUCCUUUUCUCUCAAUGAUUCCAUGAUGUAUUUUCUUAUAAUUAAUCCCCAUUGCAGAUUUCCAUUGAAAAAGGAAGCAUUUAUACCACCUUCUAAUUUUGUUCUACCCUCCCCUACUCUUUUAUUUCUACAAACCAUCAGAUGAUUAAAUCCUCAACAUUACACUUCAUAAUAAUCUUUGUUCUUUGUUCUUAUUUGCUGCAAUAUCUUAAUCUAUUGGAAUAAUAAUAAUAAUAUUAAUAAUGUGAGCCACCUGAUAAUCUGUGAUCAGCUCCAAGAUGUGAUGAAAUUUCUGUCUUCUGUAAUAGUUUAACUUUCUGUUGACAUUGUGCUGUAAUUACAUUUCCUUUAUCUUCUGUUCUUAUUUUUGUUUGUAUGCAUUUAUUUUCCUUGCACCAAACCAAUAUUGCUUUGUCAUUACCAAAUGUUCCUACUGAAUACAACUGCAAUCCCAACCUACCAAUGCCGAUAAUGGAUGGAUAAUUUCUUGUGAACUUUUCUACAUUGUUACAACUCUCUUCUUUGUACAACCUAUACCAUAUUAUCACUCUGUAACAUACCACCACAAUGUAUGUUUGUAUGUAUGUAUGUAACAAUUACAUUGUUAUAGCUUACUAUCACAGGUCACCUUCGGGAGUUGCCUAUGGAUAUUUUUUUAAAUUUUCAGACAAUCUAUAUUCAUUUAUAAACAAUAGUUUGACUGAUUGCAAUCUGAGAUUCUUUGCAAAAGAUGCCUACAAGCCUAGCUGAGCCAUAUCAGUGACCAAGUAGAUAAUGCAAGACAGAGAGAGAGAGGGAGAAAGAGAGAGAGAGAAAGGUUCAUAGACGACUUCUACUAUGUAGCAACUUUAUUCAUGGGACAUUCAUGAAUUAAUUUCCUUUCCUUCUGCUAGAAAUUUAUUUAAGUUUGAUAUAUCAGCAAAUAUAAGAGAUACCUUUUGACUAGUGUGUCAUUAAGAUUAAUGACAUUUCUUCUGCAAUAUCAAAAUUUAAGCUAAUUUCAAACAGUCAAAACCAUUGUAAUUCUCAUGUCAUACACACCACAUAGGAUAGGGCACUGUUUGCUUUCAUUUUUCAGAAUAUAUUGAUACAUUCACACAUACACACACACACACAUACAGUGUCUUGCUCUUGAAGAUUUAUGAAAUAUGUUUGAAAUUUCAAUAGUUACCAACUACGAUGUUGGUACUGUUGUAAUGUGACUUUGUGGAUAUUCACCAUUUCUAGAAUAUUUCUACAUUUUAAAGAAAGCAUUAUCUAUUCAUUGGUUCAUGUAUGUGUGUGAGAAAGAGAGAGAGAGUUAGACAGAUUGUUUGUGUGUAUACUUGUGUGUGUUUAAACAUUUGUAUGUGUAUAUACACACAUGCUGUUAUACAAAGUAUGCAUACUGAUAUAAAAGACAUUGAAAAAGUUAGUGAACUUUUACUGAUUACCUGUGUACACUCACAUAUGUUAUGGCCAGAGCAUUGCUACUGACCCUGGCUCACAUAGGAAAUUUUAAAAAUAUAUAUAUAAAAAAAAUAAACCUGAUUGUUCAACCAGAAGUUUUAAAACAUUCUUUAAUUCUUUGUGAUUUCUAUUCCUGAACCAAAAUAAAAUCUAUUAAACAUU